AUGUCUCAUCACACCCCUCCUACGAGUAGUUAUGAGUCUGAGUCUGAGGUUGGAAGACAAUUCAAAGUGUAUGUUGCUGACAAUGUGCGAAGACUACCUACUGUAUAUUCCACUUUUCUUGACUACAACUCAUACCAGCUGGUCAGCAACACACUCAACCACCAGAUAGCGGUCGAACCAACACUUCACCUCACUCAGGACAGAUGA